CGAAAAUGGAGCCUCUCACAACUACUUACCCUCUGAAAUACUCAGUGCCCAAAGCCAGGGUCUUUGUUGUCUUUCUGUCGAUGGUUUUGUGUACUGCCAUUCUCUGCCUGCUGCAAGUCAGAUUUUUUAAACCUAAAAUCAAAGAUUUUUAUUCUUUCGAAGUCAAGGAUUCACGAGGAAGGAUCGUUUCCUUGGAGAAGUACAGAGGGAAAGCAACUUUGGUUGUAAACGUGGCCAGUUACUGCCAACACACAGACAAAAAUUACAUCGCACUGCAAGAGCUACACAGAGAAUUUGGUCCCUCCCACUUCACUGUGCUGGCUUUUCCCUGCAACCAGUUCGGAGAAUCAGAGCCUAGUUCAAGCCAGGAAAUAGAAUCUUUUGCCAAAGGAAACUAUGGAGUAACCUUCCCUGUUUUCCACAAAAUCAAGAUCCUAGGAUCAGAAGCAGAGCCUGCCUUUAAAUUUCUAAUAGAUUCUUCAAAGAAAGAGCCUCGAUGGAAUUUCUGGAAGUACCUUGUCAGCCCUGAAGGUAAAGUUGUGAAAUUCUGGAGACCUGAAGAGCCCAUAGAAAGUAUCAAGCCAGAAGUAGCAUCAUUAAUCAGGCAGAUUAUCAUGAAAAAAAGAGAAGACCUCUGAAAAAGCCAUUCACGCUGGCAAUCCAUUCAACAGCAUGGGUACACAGCCUUACUACAUUCCUGGGAAAUGCUGCUAGAAGCUAAACCAUCAGGUGAUUUUACUUCUCUUUGGCGUUAGUAUUUUCAGCUACACUAUGUCUAUUAAUGUUGGACUGGCUCCUGCAACAGCCUUGAGAUCCACUGAGGUU